UAGUUGAUCGAUCGGACGUGAGUUAUAUAUGUACACUUUAUCAGGCGGGCUAGCAGACGGAUGCAUCGUCAUGAGAAAGGAUGAAAGUGCCAAGGUAAUGACGUUUGCAAGUAGCGUAAAUGCAGCGAAUCCCAUGACACAUGUCUCUCCACCCCUGACUCCAUACGGCAAGUUCCCAUGUAACACCCGCUGGCAUUUCCAUGGGUGUUUACUUAACAACUCGUCAAGGACGCGCGCUAUGUUAAUUUGCUCAUCAAGCAUAGACAUAAGACAGAUAAGAGUGCGCAACAGCGCUGAUAAAAUCUGUGCUUUUCGAGAACAGAUUAUCAUCAAAAACACACUCGCGUGCGUUGAAAAUUUCUAAAGUGUGGCAACCCAAAGCGAGAUGUCUAAUUCGACCGGCUCAAACGUCACGGCAGGGAUGCCCAUAAACGAUUCCGACGGGCAGAUAUCCGAACCGUCAGCAAUGAGAGUGAUCAGAAUUCUUCUGUAUGUUGCUAUAUUUUUCAUCGGAACAGUUGGAAAUGUUUUGGUGCUUCUUGUGAUUUAUAAAACACCAUCACUACGUUCAGUUACUGGAUAUAUGAUAGCAAACCUUGCGAUCGCUGAUCUCAUGGUAGCGUUGUUCUGUAUGCCAGCAACACUGGUCUACAUGGAGCUAAAAACGUGGCCAUUCGGUUACGCCAUGUGCAAAAUGAUCACGUUUGUGCAGUCCAUAUCUGUCAUGGGAUCCGUGGGGACAUUGACCGUCAUCAGUAUCGAUCGCUACCGGUGUAUCGUCCAUACAUUUGCAUCCCGGUUAUCAAUGAGUGUCCUGAGAUACAUCGUAUGUCUAAUCUGGUCAGUGGCGUUGGUGCCAGCGUUGCCGUUACUUGGUGCAAACACCAUCGUAGAGUUCUCGCCGACAUUAAUCUACUGCGUUGAAAAAUGGCCCGACGUUAAGUAUCGUACAAUCUACAACACCGUGUCCUUUGCUCUAACCUACGCCAUCCCCCUGGCAAUAAUGUGCCUGCUAUACAUAAAGAUAGCAAUCGCGCUGAAUAAAGUUGUCCGAGAAGGGGGGAACAGGGAAGGUUUCACAAAUCAGAAGAAGAAAGAUAAAGUCUUGCGAAUGCUAUUAGCUCUGGUGAUCGCGUAUGCUGUCUGUUUUCUUCCUGUCAAUAUCAUGAUAUUGUGGUCUGAAUACGGGGACAGCAACAGAUACUGGCUGCUCCUCCAGGCAUACGCCGUCCUUUUGGUUUACGUCAACAGCGCCUCAAAUCCAGUCCUCUACGCGUUCAUGGGAAAACGUUUCAAGGAUGGCUUCAAGAGGUUGCUAUGCUGUCGAAAGUUUCCAAAAUUUAAUCGCAGAUUAUCGAGAAUAAACCAGCAAUCGGCUGUGACGAGAGAGUUUGCUUUAAGUGAGCGAAGUUCGUAGCAAUUAUGCCACAGCACAUUUUAAAAGUUAGUCAACUGAUCUCAACAUAAAACUGGAUCGUAUGCGUGUCCAAUAUCGGAUUAUAGCACCGCCCAGUGCCCACUGAUAACCUGUCAUAAAAUUGGAUAUGAUUGUGCGAAGGCGACUUCACGUUAUGCUUUGUAUGGUAGUGGGGCAGCUAAAUUGUUUUUAUUAUGGACACGUUAGAUAAUGUUCUAGCUAACUAACCGAUUGCCUAUAAAUCGUUAUGCGAAGUAUCAAGUAGUCAAUACUAUAGCAAUAUUCAGAAAAAUAUAUAAAUGAAUCAUGUAACACUAUAUAUAAAAGUAUAUCUUUAUCUAUAUUAUAUAUGUUUAUCUAUAUCAUAUUAACUUUGGCGGGCUUGGCGGUGUAUUUUGUGGGCUAAAAUGAUAAAUUUGCCGGGCUGAAAUAUAUUCGAUAUUUUUUUGUGUAUAAGGGAUAAGGCUCAAUUUAAUGUUGAGGAGGACAAACCUUUUAUCAUUUAUUUAAUGGUCGGCUUCGUAUAGUUCAAAACAGAUCGAUAUGGAAGUUGUCAGUUAAUAUAGUUUACUAGAAAUUAUAUUUUAAUUAACUUUUCCGUUUGCGCGAGCCGGAAAGCAGUCUUAAAUCAAAAUAACUUUUAGAUCCUUUUUUUUGCGAAAAUAUAUUCAUCCUCUAGUUGAAACAGAGUAGUUUGUUUAUUGCGCACAUAAGCACCAAAACAAUAUAUGGUCAUUGUUCAUUUUACAU